UAUAAAAGAAAUAAAUCCAAGCGAACGGGAGGUUUGAGUUUGAUAUUUUUUCAAUACAAAUAUCUUUGUCUGUUACUGUACUACAGAUGUAUAAUGUGUGUUUUAGGCAUGAGUAUUCUAAGAUCUGGCUCUAUUUAUGUAUAGAAGUCAGAUAAAAUAGCGUGCACAUGCAAGACGAUACAACACUAAAGAACAUGCCAUCACUCACCCGUACAGGCGGCUGUCUCGAAAACUAGCCCUAAACAACGUAAAAAGUCAUCAAUAAUCACACAUUUUCAAAUCGAAAACAGCCGCUUUUACCAAAACUCCCAUAAAUUAAAAUGAUACAAUCUGGCGAGUGGCAACUGGAGCCCUUUCACGAAUCAUUAGUAUAUAAUGGGGUUGGUGCCUCAUGUCGGUGUCAGUUGUUCAGUACCGACCAAAGUAAUAGCAACAACAACAACAUGAGAUUAUUUAUUACAUUAUCGAUUGCUUCAUUUGGAGUGAUCGGUGUUCUCUCCCAAGGAGGAGGAGGAGGAGGAUAUGACGAACAUGGAGAAGGACUAGGAGGUGGCGGCUACCACUCUAAAGGCUCCAUCAUCGGCCUUAGCCGUGGCAUUGAAAUCGGCCAUCAUGGCGGCGGUGGUGAAGGAGGCGGCGGAGGCGGAGGCGGCGGCGGCGGCGGCGGUGGCGGAGGAGGAGGUGAACAUUACGGAAUUGGAUGGGGAGGAUCUCAUUUCAUUACUCCUGUUGAUGUACACCACGAAGAAGCUGUUCAUUUGAAGGCCCACCCUGAAUAUCACUACGAUUAUCGUGUAGCUGACCACAAAACUAAGGACUAUAAGAGUAAACAUGAAGUCCGUGAUGGGUACAAAGUAAAGGGUAGAUACAGUUUAUUAGAACCAGACCACAAAACUGUCCGUGUGGUUGAUUAUACUUCUGAUAAGAAGCAAGGAUUCAUUGCUAAAGUGUCGUGGAGGAAGCAUCAUGAAUAAAUUCUUAAAUUGCCAUGGUUUUAGCUGUUAUUAAUUAUUGUUAGUUAUGUAAAGUCGACCUGUUUUGUUGCGAAAUAAACUUUAAAAUAUCGAA